ACGUGUGUGGGGGGCGUGCGCGCCUCCAGCCAUGUCACUGCGAUCAUCUGUGUGUGAGUUUGUCUCUGUUCAUUCAUGACAGUGGCCGUGCCCCGGUGGGGAGCCCGGCGCGCGUGGACGUGCCCGUGUAUUAUCGUCCUGUGUUUGUCCAUGAGUGUGGAUGUCAGUGUGUUCCAGUCUCUCUGUGUGAGUGUCGUCCCCAAUCCCCCAUCCCCCCCCUGGAUCUCUAAUUAGUGGUUUGGGGUUUGUUCCUUUUCCCUCCUGUUCCUUCCCUCAGCGGCAGCAGCGGCGGCGGCAGGAGCAGCAGCAAGAGCAGCAGCAGGAGCAGCCGCCGCCGCCACCCGCGGACCCGCAGCCAGGACUCCGGAGUCAGAGUAGGAUUCUAGGAUCAGAGCCUGAGUGGGAACAGGAGUGCAGCUGGCCUAGGAGAGGAGCGGAGCCCUCCCCGGACCCUCAGGCGACCCCUUGCCAGCACUCCCAGUGCCAGACCUCCAGAGAGGAGAGACUCAAGACACCCAGCCCCUUAUCCCCCAGCUCUCUCCAUCUGCCUGGCUCCCUGGGACCCGUUCCCCAGCCUCAGGAUGGCGUCCUCCCUGCUUGAGGAGGAAGCUCACUAUGGCUCCAGCCCCCUGGCCAUGCUGACAGCGGCGUGCAGUAAAUUUGGCAGCUCCAGCCCUCUGCGGGACUCCACGACACUGGGCAAAGCAGGCACAAAGAAGCCAUACUCCGUGACCAGUGACCUUUCGGCCUCCAAAACCAUGGGGGAUGCUUACCCAGCCCCCUUCUCAAGCACCAAUGGGCUCCUCUCCCCCCCAGGCAGCCCUCCAGCACCCACCUCGGGCUAUGCCAAUGACUACCCUCCCUUUUCCCACUCGUUCCCAGGGCCCACGGGCACCCAGGACCCUGGGCUCCUAGUGCCCAAGGGGCACAGCUCUUCUGACUGCCUGCCCAGCGUCUACACCUCUCUGGACAUGGCACACCCCUAUGGCUCCUGGUACAAGGCAGGCAUCCAUGCAGGCAUCUCACCGGGCCCAGGCAAUGCUCCUACCCCUUGGUGGGACAUGCAUCCUGGGGGCAACUGGCUCGGUGGCGGGCAGGGCCAGGGUGAUGGGCUGCAAGGGACACUGCCUGCAGGCCCUGCUCAGCCUCCACUGAACCCCCAGCUGCCCACCUACCCGUCCGACUUUGCCCCCCUUAAUCCAGCCCCCUAUCCAGCUCCCCACCUCCUGCAGCCAGGGCCCCAGCAUGUCUUGCCCCAGGAUGUCUAUAAACCUAAGGCGGUGGGCAACAGUGGGCAGCUGGAGGGGAGCGGCGGAGCCAAACCCCCUCGGGGUGCAGGCACAGGGGGCAGUGCUGGCUACGGGGGCAGUGGGGCAGGGCGCUCCUCCUGCGACUGCCCCAACUGCCAGGAGCUGGAGCGCCUGGGCGCCGCCGCGGCCGGGCUGCGGAAGAAGCCGAUCCACAGUUGCCACAUCCCGGGCUGUGGCAAGGUGUACGGCAAGGCCUCCCAUCUGAAGGCCCACUUGCGCUGGCACACGGGCGAGAGGCCUUUCGUCUGCAACUGGCUCUUCUGUGGCAAGAGGUUCACCCGUUCGGAUGAGCUGGAGCGCCACGUGCGCACUCACACCCGGGAGAAGAAGUUCACCUGCCUACUCUGCUCCAAGCGCUUUACCCGAAGCGACCACCUGAGCAAACAUCAACGCACCCACGGCGAGCCAGGUCCGGGACCCCCAGCCAGCGGCCCCAAGGAGCUGGGGGAGGGCCGCAGCGCCGUCGAAGAGGAGGCCAGUCAGACGCCCAGACCUUCUGCCUCACCUGCACCCCCAGAAAAAGCCCCUGAAGGCAGCCCAGAGCAGAGCAACCUGCUGGAGAUCUGAGCCGGGUGGAGGUCUCCAGCCCACCGGAGGCUGCCUUUCCAGCCUCUCCUGGCUCUGUGGACCACUGCUUGCCCCUCACCGCCUUUGCCCCAUGCAUGUUGCCCUUUGCAACUCUAUCCAUCUCCCCCUCUUCCCACCCAUUCUGGGCUUGGGUAUCGCCCUGCAUGCCUCCUCGGCUUACUUCCUCCCCUUGCAUGAGACCCUUCUGCAAACUCUCAUCUCAGGCCGUCACCUGGUGCCUGAUCUCUGCACUCAGGGCUUCAGAAGCUCUUUCCUCACCACUGCUCAGUUUCUCUCUCUGCUCUUACCUCACCAACUCACUUCCCCUCCAUCUGGGCUCCCAACACUUCAUUUCUCCAUCUCACUAACUCCUUUAUGUGCAUCUUUUCUGCCUCCCAAGCUUAUUUACCACUAUUCCUUAGCUUUCAGGCUCCAGUCUUCUCAACUUUGUAGUCCACUGCCUUCUAUGCUCCAGAGCGUUUUUUUUUACAAACACAGUCAUGAUGAUGAUAAUGAUAAUUUAUUGCCCCCUGGUGGCCUCUUCAUUAGGGACCAGAGUUGGGGGAUUGGGGUAAGUGACCUGGCAGGGAGCAGGGUGCCAAGAGGGGGCAGACUGGUGGGGAUCUGAUCCCAAAGAUGGGGUGACCCCAGGGUCAGGGAGGCUGCCCCCAGGCAUGUAUAUUUAACCCCUAUGUUCCAAGAGAAAUGAAUAGUAAUAAUAAUAAUUCUAUUUAUCUAAGUUAUGAUGACAGGUCAGGUAGAGUGAGCUGGGGAGGGAAGGGGGUCCAUUUCUGCUAUGGAAAUUUUAGCCAAAUGCAUCUCUGUCUAGAAAAAGUGAUAGUGGAGAUCUUGUUAAUAGAACUUCUAUUAUCAGGGUCUCAGUUAAUGGUGUUUCUCUUAACAGAAUCUCUGCUAAUAGAGUGAAUUAGCUAGAUCUCUGUUAAUGAGUUGAUGGGGUAUCUCACAACUAGGGAUCCCUAAUAUUUCCAGCCCUGGCCAGAAGCUGUGAAAACUCAAGCCCUAUGGAGGGAAGAACUGGAAUGUACUCCAGAUUCCUUGACCCCAGAGCAGGUUCUUCCACUGCCCCUCCUGACACCAUGACCCCAUUAGGCUAAUCCCUUGUUGCCAUCUUUAACAGAGCUUGCAGCUGCCAUCUUAGACAUGCUCUUUGGGGAAGCCCAUCUAACCCAAGGAGGACAUUAGUUUGGAGGUGUCUCUCCUGGAGAAAAGGCGGGGAAGGCUUCCUCUGGGAUCAGAUCAAGAAAAUCGAGUAUUUGUUGAGUGCCUACUCUGUGCAAGGCACUGUGAUAGGCUGGUGCCCAGAAGUCAUGAGAAAGAAGAAUUUAUAGACCUAGGAGGACAGAGGUCCCCAAGCUGACUUGGGGUUGCAUCCACAGGCCGGCAACCUGGGACUUCCGAUGCUCCCAACUCCACCUCCAGUGACUUUUAAAGCCGCUUCGUGCCUUUGAAUGCCUUUCCUGUGACUUUGGAUCCUCCUUUUCUAUUUCUUGCUCCCUCAAGGCCCCAAGUUAAAGGGUUAAAGCCGCCGGAGCUUGGGGAGAGGGUAAUAUUGUGGAAAGGAAGGGAUCAAGCCCUCAUGGAGUCUUUUUUUUUUUUUUUAAUUUAAUAAAUAAAAGUUCGAUUUUAAA